AGAGACGCCUUAGCAAGCGUUUGUAAUAGGCUUGCGUGUAUUGUUUUCAAAUAUAUAUAUAUAUAUAUGUUCGGAUAUAAAAACAAACUUUGUUACGUGAAUGUUACGCGAUGGAAACCGUGACGGAUGAACGCUUAUUGAAACUAUCCAAAACAGAGCAACGUAAACUCAAAUUGGCAGAAUACCUGGCAGCCAAAGGACGACUGAAAGCUCCUAAUACAAAACCUUAUCUCAAGGACAAACCUGUGGCCAAGAAAAAUACAGAGACUUAUCCAAAAGCUAAAACGGCAGGAGAUGAUAAAGAGAAUUGUGACAUUAAUGGCACAAAUGUAAAAGAAGUUAAGAGAGUUAAAUCUUUGGCAGAAAUACGCAACAAGGCUGCCAAUCCCUCCUCAAAAACAAAACCUGGCACUGAUUCACCAGCCAGAGAAAAACAACAUUGUUCCACUAUUUCCCGUAAUACUUCACUUAAAUCCACAGUUUACCAAGCAAGUCUUCAGGUUGUGAAGGGACACAGCAAUCGACCGGCUUCUACUCAAAAUCCAAGGGGACCAUACAAGACUGAGAAAACUGCAUUGUCACAGCAUCAACAAAACCUUCAAAAUGUUCAAAGCAAAGUACGGCAACCAUUUUCCCAUGCUGCAAACAACACUCAAAAGUCUACAAAAUCAAGUCUUGGCCCAUCACAGCCCAAGAAAGAGCUUCUUUCAAAGAGACCUUUGGAUAAAAAAAUACCUUCAGUCAACACAGUUUCUGUUCCCAGCAAAACAACCUCAGUUGCCGAGAAACAGCUGAAGAGUCGAAGACUAGCCAACAACACUUCAGACAGGAUAAAAGUUCAAACCAGCAAAGUUUAUAAAGCUCACACAGGGCUGACAAACUCAACACAACAAUCCAGAGCUCUGAGUGUUGGACCAAAGCUUGGGACGCACAACAGCAAUGUGAUAAGCAGGACAUCACAGUCAAAUCCAAACAAAAAUCAAAAAAAGGAUCUUUCAUCUGUUACCACGAAAGUAGAUCCCACAACAAGGAAAUCACAGAACGCUUUUCUUAAUAAAACAACAAGAGUUUCUUCAACUGUAUCUAAGCCUACAAAUAGUGAUGCUCCUACUGUCAUUAAAAAUAAAACACAUAGCGCUGUUAAACUGGGUAACGUCACUGCGUCUAAACAACUGUUUGGUCGAACCACCAAGAGUUCAGUUCUGCCCCAAACUACCACGUCCACCGAGUCUCAGCUGUCCAUCAAGAAAUCCAGCCAAACGAAGCCCGCGAUGCAGUUGCAGACUCCCAAAGCCAGUUUCUGUCCCAGUACUCAAGGUCUUCGAACCGCCCCGCUAGAAGGAAGGAAGAUGAUGACCACAGCUCAGGAGGAGAGACUGCGUAAACUGCAGGAGUGGCGGGAGUCAAGAGGCAUUACAUACAAACGCCCCCCGAUGCCUGUCCGUCUGGUGAGGAGGAAGACCUUCUCUGCUCUGCCUCAGCCCUACUGGACUGCUAUAGAGCAGGAAGACGAGGCCCAUGAUAUUGUCUUUGCUGUGGACCGAUCGCUGGAUGACUGUAUUCAAUUAUUACAGCAGGGUUUCCCAGCGGAGCAGGUCAGAGAUGUGCUGUCACGGGUGCCGAUGGCCCACAAGUUUGCUAAAUUCUGGAUCUGCCAGGCCAAACUCUUGGAAAGAGAAGGAAACCUGGAGGUCCUGCCCAUGUUUCAGGAGGCUGUUCGUGUAGUGAGAGAGCCAGUGGAUGAGCUGCGGUCUGUGGUGUUUGAGAUUCUUAAAAGGAACCAAGCUCAAGGUUCGUCUCCUAUUCCAAAACGGUCUGAAGCAGUAGAGGUCGAGACGGAUGAUGAACAUGAAGUCCCCGGUGACGUCUUGUGCACCCCAAAACCUGUUGGUGCCCUUAUAUGCGGAAUGAGGGGAGACUCAUCUGUUGUCAAAUAUAAAAUUACUGCCACCCCAGGGGGCAAGAGGAGUGGACAAGUGGCUGAACCGGGACAAGUAGACGGUCACGAAAUUCGUUUCUUUACCCCCGUGCGCCGUUCCGUGCGAAUUGAGAAGACCGCUCCGCGCUACCCCACAGCCCUGCUGGAACAUGACCCUUGUGUGACCUCUCUCUCUGACCUUGCGAGUGAGAGCAAGGGAGAGGUCAAAGGUGACUCACAACCUCAGUACUCCCCCGUGUAUGUGUACCGAGAGAAUGAGGCAUUGAGAAACCAGGUGGAAGUUCAACUCAUUUAUCCAGAGAUUGAAACAUAAUAAUGUUUAUUAUUUUAUUGGAGUCAAUUCAUUUUCUCUCUAAAUGAGCUUUUACUGUUUGUUGUAAAAUAUUUCCGGUGUCUGUGCUUGGUUGUGUGUGUGUGACAUGCCUGUUAGCUAAGUUUAUAGCUAUAUUUAAAGGGACAGUUAUCCCAAAAAUGAAAAUUCUGUCAUCGUUAACUCGCCAUCAGAUUAUUCCAAACCUGUAUAAAUUAAUUUGCUCUGAUGAACAAAGAGAAAGAUAGUGGGAAGAAUUUCAGUAACCAAACAGAUCUCACCCCCCAUUGACUGCCAUAGUAGUGGAAAAAAUACUAUGGGAGUCAAUGGGGGGCGUGAUCUGUUUGGUUACUGACAUCUUUUCAAAUAUCGUCCUUUGUGUUUAGCAGAACAAAGACAUUUAUGCAGGUUUGGAAUAAUCUGAGGAUAAGUAAAUGAUGACAGAAUUUUCAGUUUUGGGUGAACCCUUUACAGUAAGUAUCUCUUAGUAAAUUUUACCCAGAGCUUUAGCUUUGGCUGUUCACGUUUCUCUGUUUACUAUUUAGAAGAUGCUCUUUAUCUGGCUCAUCUUCAUUGAUAUGAUCGACAGCUGGAUAAAACAGAAAUGAUUUUAAUUCUGUAUUUUGUGUGUUGGUUUUAUAUUGCUGUAUAUAUAAAAAAAAUCACUUAUUAAAGUAUCAUACUGCCAAAGUUUUAAUUUAAGCAGCAAAAAGAAAGUUAAAGUCAGUACUGCUCAUAUAAUCAAAGUAGUUAUAUUUAUUUUACAGAACACGCAAGAAAACAAAAUGGGCUAAAUAUUCAGUCCUGUUUUGUGAACCAAACCAAACAAUUUAUCAGAAAGAUCAGAGCGUUUGCUUUAGGAAUCUGACAUCUUCCUACAAAGUUUGCAAAAGCAAUCAGCAGAGAUGUCAAAAGUUUUGAUAAGGUUUAAAUAAAUAACUCAUGUCUCAACCUUUUUACAUUUUUGAAAGGAUAAUGGCCAGCAUACCAACUAUCACGAAACAAUUUACUGGGUAAAUUGAUUCAUGAUCAGAUCAAGAGUGUAAAUCUUGUCUGAACCAGUUCCAUACGUGAUAAUAGGUGAGUCAAUACAUACUUACCUACUUACAGCAUUCCGGUUCUCAGAUGUCAAAUAUUUUGAAAGCAAAGUUAUUGUGGUGAGAUGUCAGAGCUUGUCAAGAUAAUCGAUUUCACCACUUCAGAACAUGUCUGUAAUAUGCACAUUUCAGUCAUUUAAAGGGCCAGUGUGUCAUUUUUAUGGAGGGUCUAUGGAGAGAAAUGCAAUAACUGUGUAUUGAGAGGUAUAUAAAGACCUUGCAUAAUGAAGCGUUAUGAUUUUCUUACCUUAGAAUGAGCUAUUUCUAUCUGCAUACACCGCGGGUCCCUCGCAUGUUUUCACCAUAAAAAAGUGAGUAGUUGACAAAUAUGUGACAAAUAUCUCCGACCUGCAUGAAGAGGUCGACUGGGUUCCAUCAGGUUGUAUAGGUCGUAUAUUUUAUAACGGCUUAGAACUCUGCUCAACCAAUCAGAAUCAAGGACCAGAACUGACCGUUUUAUAAAGCAAAUUAUGGUAUCCUUGUUGUAAAUUGGUAAACAGUAGUAAACUUUAAUAUUAACUAUAGUAAGGUUCAAAAACACUAUAUUAUCUAGGAAUUUUACUGCAGUUUACUGUAGGCCUAGUCAAUACUAUAGUAUACUACGGUGUUUUUAUGUGGACAAAUAUAUUACUAUAGUAUAGUAGAAAAUGGACAACACAGAACAAUAAAAAAAUGGGUAAACUAAAAAUGAUAUGGCCCUAAUGGAUCCAGUUGUAUAUAACAUCAAUGUCCUUUGUUGUUAACCAGUCUAUUUAUGUGAUGAUCUGCAUUUGUGUUUUUUAAAGAUGAUAACAGACGUUUUGUACUUGUGCUACCUGUACAACUGUUUGGCCUGUGCUACAAAACUUUAAACCUCUGUAGCACCAGUGCUUUGUGCAAAAAAGUUAAUGUACAGCCCUGUUUUCAAUUCAGAUCGUGGAUCGAGAUGAUCGUCAUAUGCUUUUUUGGGAAGAUCGCCCAGCCCUAGGUGUGGUUGAUGCCAAACCAAGUCUCCCUCUGCUAUGUUGAACAAUACAUAUCAAUGCUACAGUAUUUACUACUGUUAAUAAAUUAUAAAUGUAAUAUUACAAUUUUAUAUUAUGCAUUUUUAAUUAGCUUUUAUGUUUUAUAUUUUCAGCUGACUUUUUUGUUAUGUGCUUUUAUAAGUUUUUAUUUUUUCUACUGCUAUUUAAGUUUUUAUAAGAGUUUUUAUUUCUUUUAAGUUGUUAAUUUUUGUGCCUCAGCUUUAACGUAUACCUUUAUGCAUUUGGCAGAUGCUUUUAUCCAAAGCGACAUAUGUAUAGUAUAAUUCAAUUUAAUUUGUAUUUGAGUACGUGCAAAAGAUGGAUCCUUGUUAUUUUAAUACUAAUACUAACUUUUGUUUAUUUUUGUCUUUCUGCCUGUAAAGCUGCUUUGAAACAAUGAAACACUGUGAAAAGCGCUAUAUAAAUAAAACAAAACAAAAAUCCCUGGGAUCGAACACAUGACCUUGACGUUGCUAGCGUCAUAAUCUAACUAUGGAGCUUCAGGAGGUAUUUCAGUGUAUUGCUAACUUACAAUAAAC